AGAUGCACACACAAUGCGGAAACGCGGUGCAGAGGAUGGUGAUUACGAUGAGAACCUGAUGGGUGAUGCGGGUACCACCGAUGAUGAGACGCAAAAUGACGAUAGAGGCGACGAAGAAGACACCCCUCCAGAAAUUAUCAUCACGCAACCUACCAGUUACAACGUGACAGUCGGGAGGACAGUGCGGCUAGAGUGCAAAGUCUCGCCCAACAACAGACCUGUCAUCCAGUGGUCGAAGGACGGCCAGCCGCUCUUUAUGGGUCAAGCCAGGUUCCCAAUGGCCCAACUGGAAAUGCCGGAGAGGCUGAAUGUCUCCAUCGCUACCAACGACCUGUUGAUCGUUGACGUCAGACCAGCUGACAGCGGCAAGUACAAGUGCACGGUGAUCCAGGCCCAACAAACCUCUAUCGAACACAUCAUCGCUGUUCAGGAAGCUCCCAGGAUUAUCAGAUACACCGUAUCAGACAACGGCGUUGUGAUGGAGGGAUCAGAACUGGUGCUGAGGUGCGAUGUGGCUGGAUCCCCUGCUCCUACCAUCAUCUGGUCCAGAGAUAACGGCGCUGGGAACGUCCGCCUUACAGAAGCGGACGCCAUCUUUACCCUGAACACGGCCACCAUCAAGAAUAUCCGCCGCGAGCAUGCUGGGAAGUACUACUGCUUUGUGUUCAACGCCCUCGGAAGCACACAGUCAGAACACAACGUGAAGGUUCUGCACAAGCCUCAUGUGCAAGUUCACAAAACAGUCGUCAACUCAGCUUUGGAAGUGGAAGCCAUUUUGCAGUGCGUUGCUCACGCAGAACCUGCCCCCAGAAUCACCUGGUACAAGGACGGCAGCAUGAUCGACCAGUUCUCCCCGUACGUGGUAUCCACCGACGGCCCUCACUCCAACCUCACCGUUACUCCGCAUCAGGACUCCGACUUCGGCACCUUCACUUGUGUGGCCACCAACAGCCACGGCAAGCACAACCGCAGCAUCGAGCUGGUGCAGAGACCAGUGGUCGAAGGAGUGGAGUUGGAAGGCAACAAGCUGAGCUGGCGCGUGCACUCGCACCAGCCGCUGAGGAAGGUGGAACUACAGCUGAGGGACACGGAGGCCGUGGUGACCACAUUAAACGUACCCCUGCCAGAGGACAUCAACAAACACGAAAUUGAGUUCAUUUACGCCUUGGAAAACGUCACCCCUGGAAAAUACGAGGUUGUGGUUAAAGCCGAGAACAGCAAGGAAUGGAGCAGAGAGAGCGAACCCGUCAUUGUGGAUUACGAAGCCAUGCCCAUGCCUAUCCAGACUGCAUCAGGUAAUACUCAUAUCCAAUGCAUUUUUUUAUUAUUUUACAUUUGCGAUAUUUUAAUCAUUAAGCAAACUACCAAAUAA